AUGACAACGCAGGUGUGGGACUUGCGUAAUAUGCGCAGUUCUAUUUCAACUAUUCGAUUGUCAUCGCCUGCCAAUCGUCUCUCGGUCAGCUUACUUUUCGAUAUAUAUUUACCUGUGAGCCAUGCCCAUGGUGUCAUUGCUAUUCCUCUUGAUAACCGCCACGUUCGCAUCUACGAUAUGGCUGGGAAUCGCCUCCCACGUGUGCCCAACCGGAGAUGUCACAGUCGUAUGGUAUCGUGUGCCGCUUGGGCGGAUGACCAUCCACGCUGCAAUUUGAUCACAUGCGGAUUUGAUAAGGGAGUUUCUGGAUGGAAAGUAGCAUUAACAAAGGAGUAG